UAUAUGCAGAUGAAACAGAAAAUGUGACACUCAGUGCCCUCAGUCGAUCCAUGCGCUCGUGAUUUUUUUCUUUAUUCAACGAGCUGAGUGGAUUAAAAUUUCUCCGAAGUGAGAAAGAAGUUCUUAUUUGUCAAGAGUGAUGACGCUGAUGCAAAUGGCGGGAGCAUCGUCUGUGUCGGUGAAUGAUGAGUUGAACGAGGAGGACGAGGAGUUGGACACUGCAGAGGACCGAGUGACUGAAUGGAUCUUCAACUACCUCUUGGACGACGUGGUUCUGGGUUAUGCAUUUGAUGUCCACAGGGCUGUUUCCACGGGCCUGUGGCAGGCAGUAGAAGGUGUUCCUGAGGAUGAGGAACCCCAUAAGUUGGUCGACGAUCCAAAGUUGGACGUGUUUGGCCAGCCCCGAGGCCAGAAGAAGCCCCUGGAAUGCGCGUGUCCCCAGUGCAAUCGAACCCUGGCCGCCUACCGUUUCGCCCCGCAUCUGGAAAAGUGCAUGGGUAUGGGCAGGUCCAGCUCACGAAUUGCGAGUCAGAGGAUCGCCAAGACGAAUCGGGACAAUGGCGCGGACGACGACGGAGGUGUGCCCGAGGAUGACGACGACGACGAGUGGGAUUUCCGAAGCGAAGCUGCGAAACGAGCCAAGCCCAGUAAACAGAAGCAGGAGGCCAACAACAAAGCAGCUCAGGCGAGAGCAACAGCCGCUUUGCGAGAAGAAGAAAACGAGGAGGACGACGUUGUCGACGACGAUUCGAACGACGAAGACUUCGUGCUCAACGGCGAGCACUCGAGUGACGCCGAGUUUUUUGACGCAGGCUCGAACCAGUCUUUUGUUUCCAAUACCAGUGAUUCGAAGAAAUCAAAACAUAAGAAUAAGAAGACCGCCAACCAUGUUAACCAUGCAUUGAAUGCGAAACGGCAAAAAGGUGUGGAAACUCCGACGGAAUCUCGAAGCCGUUCCCCGUCAUCCCCACCGCGGAAAUUCUCGCCGUCCCCGAGCCCCAGUUCCCGGACGUCCUUCAAGGACGCCGACAAGAUGUCGUCAUCCUCUGGCCAAGCGUCGAAACCUCCGUCGAAAAUCGUCCUCAAGACGCUGUCGUCGUCGUCGUCAUCAUCAUCCGCAACGCCGUCCGUUUUCAUCGUGUCGAAGCCGUUUGCGUCCCCGUACGAGCCUUACACAGCUGGUCCUGCGGAAGACAUUACGCAUUACCACGGCCUGAAAGACAAGGACAAGAAGGCCCUGCUGAAGCAGAUUUGCGGGGCUCUCGUUGAGCAAGGACACAAGAUUUGCACGGCGACCAAGUGUAACGUGCAUUCGGAGGAGGACCGACGGUCAGCCAGGGUCAGGUUGACCAUGAUGAAAUCCGUGGCUGGGUUGCAGGUGGUGGAUUUGCCGCAGGAGGCCCAGUUGUUGCUGAAGAAGAAGUUGAAGGAUAAGCAUAGGAAGAGAAAUAGUGACAUUUUGCAUCGGCAUUGAGUGAUUUAGAAAAUUAUCCGAAUUUGUUUUGUUUUUUUCGGAAUGUUGAAAAUUACGCCGAAAAGGUCUGAAAGUUUGAAGAAAAUUAUUGUAGCAGUGACAUUUCACGUUAUUUUUUUCGAGUUGGAAUAAGCGAUGCAUUCAAUAUUUCCGGAAUUAAUCGACACAAAACGUUUCGCCGUUUUUCAUCUGGUUGAUGAAAAAAACCAGAAAAUGGUAGGUUCUUGUUUCGUUUUUUUAAUCAAAGAAUUGUGUCCCGUAUACUAUGGUUGUCCCGGUUGGACGCGACCUCUGAUAUUUUUAGAGUAGGUGUGAUAGUAAAAAAAAAUCACGACGCAGUCCAUGAUGUUUUAAUGUUCUGAGUUUUUUUUUUCUUUUUUAAUACAAAAAAUACUGCAUGAUGAUGAGUGAAAUUUUUUUUUUUAAUUCUGAGAUAAGAUCUCAGAUUACUGUAAUACUAAUUCGAAAAAUAUCAGAGGUCGCUUCCGACUGGGACAAUGCUUGUAUAUCGAAUGCGUGGAUCGCUUCUCAGAAAAUUGGAAGGCGCAUAAAUAAUUGGUCUGGAAAACAAACGAACGUCGCUAAUUUUUUCGGUAACAUGUUCUAAUUUCAAAGAAUUAUCCAAAAAAAUUUAACAAUGCAUUUAUGGCUUUGACAUUUUUGAGGUGUCCAACUUUCAAAAAUUCAAAGUUCCCGGUGACAAAUUUCAAAAUUUCUCGAAACUAUAGCCUCAAUUUUUUAUUACCGUGUAUUGUUUGGCUGGCGAAUCCACUGCUAGAAGUACUUCCUGAAAGCGUAUUUUGGUGUUGGAAUUAAAUACGGUGAUCAUAAUAUUUCGUAGACUUCUACUUCCCUUAAGAAUCUCAUCAUCCUUUAUUAGACCGCUUAUGAACAUUUAAGAAUGGGUUGCGAAUAUCAAGAUGAUUUUUUAUGUUUUUCAAACAGAAUGUGCUUUAGUUGCAGACUGGUCAUCCAUAUUUGUGCCGUACUUUCUGUGGACUCCCCUUCAAGAUCUCAAGUUGCUUUAUUGUACUUUUGUGGUCACUGUGCAUUUCAUUUAUCAUCUGUCGGGGUACAAUUCCGAGGAAAUUUUUUCAAUGAUCUGAGACUGCCACUGAAGCGAAGAAACAUUUCAAGUCAAUCGUGAUGUUGGCAAUUAUGUUUUGAAAUGCUGAAUGUGUUGCUUAUCAUACGGGAAAAAAAAGGGAAAUGUCACUCCUCUGAAUAUUCUUCAAACCUUCGGAUCUCUCCAUGUAUCAGGCAUGUUUUUGAAGUGUGGGUCGGAUCGUCGCAAAGUCUAACCAGCUGUAUGAUGACAAUCAAUGCUGUAUUUUUUUAUGCCGCUGAAUGAGAAGCAAAACCCCGUUGAAUAUGAAUAAUUUUCUGGGAAUAUUUCGGAGUAGGAGGACUUAUUUUGAGGGCAUACUUCGUGAAAUAUCUGGCGUGACCUGACCAAAGUUGAAAGUUUGUUUCAGUUUUUACUCCCGGAAGAUAUUGAGGAAAGUAUCUUCAUUUUAUUUCUUGUUUUAUCAUCCUUUUUUGCUCGUGCUCUUGAAACAACAGAAGAAGAUAGUUCGAGCAGAGCAAUAACUGUCAAUUUUCCCGAGAAAAAAAGGGAAAGAGGAUGUGUUUAUUCCAGAUUGAAGGCCGGGGUGGAAAUGCGCAUAACGUCGUUUUUUUUUUUCUCGGGGAUGUUUAACUUUUUUUCACAUUUUUUUACAGUAUGUCAUGAAACGUUUCGGUGAUUUUUUUUACCGAAUAGGAAUCUUAAACUAAUUGUGAACAUAACCGAUGCAAUAGUAUGCAAACGAACGCUGAAAACUGCACAGUGCUAAUGUUGAACGCAAUAAAAUAAAUUGAGUGCUUAGAUGUGUGAAGGCAGACAUACCACGGAAAUUGGGACAGAAGCAAUAACAAUUGAAAAAAAAAAGAAAAGAACAAUGACGGUCCGUCCCCUGGCUUUCUGACUUUCUAUGUAAAAUUUUCUAGUUGUCGGGUUCUGAACUGAUAAUGAAUGAGGAUAAAUGAAAAAAAAAAAUUGUGCAUUUUUAAAUUUUCAAUCGAUCCUUGAUCCCAUGAAAUGCGUUUUUUUAUAUAGUGUGCAAGAGUUGAUGCACAUGAUCAUUUCCUGACUUGUCUGUUUUAUGUUUGUUUUUUUUUUUUUGCUCAUCUCCAUUGAAAUGGAAAGAAAACGGAGUUGAGAGAGCAUCUCGAUCAGUAUGAAAAUGUUCUAUGAUUUUUGAAGUAGUCGAAGUGCUGCAAAACAUGUCGAAUACAGUGCAGUAAUGAAAAACAAUGAUGAAUGACAAUUUCUAUGGUAAUAUCCCAGGAACGUCUGAAACCGAUGUUUCCAUAAAGAAAAGAAAAGAUCAUGAUCUUGGGAAAUUCUUGUGAUACUGGCGCCGAAUGUGAAGAAUGCCGGGGAAUUUUGUGACCACGAACUUUCACUAAGCCAAGGCAGCAAUUAGACAAGAAAAAAGUGUGGCGAAUAAAAAGAGGCUUUCAAAUAAACCCAAUUUUUCAUGAUGAAUCUUACAUAGUUCCUUGGAGGAUUUUAAGUCAGAAAUGUUGGUCCUUGAAGAACCCAAUUGUGCAGAAAAAACGUAUGAACCAUAUCCUUCUGUGAGUUUGAUUGAUUGAAUUUCAAAUGCAUAAGUGAGAUUUUUUACUUUACUGUUGUCAAACAUUGAACUCGAGGUGUUCAUCAAUUUAUUGUGGAGUCAUGUACGUCUCUGCCUUAUCAAAAAAUUGUCGAAAUGCUUUAAAAUUUUAAAUUCUGUCCACCGAAGAACUUCGCGAUCUUGAUACAUUUUGCGGCAGUUCUUGUCGAUGUAUGUGCUAAUUAUUGAAAGAAAAAAAAUCCUCUGCGGAAUAAAUGUGCUUUUAGAGGAGUGCCAUGAAGCAAUAUCUACAUAUAUCAGUGUACAGAGCUGAGCUUAACUUAUUUUUGUUGAAUUUUUUUCUCGAUUAAGUGUUGACUUUAUUGUUGAAUGAGCUGUUCUGUCAAAGGUCAUAUUUUCCCUAUAUUUUUCAAUCAUUGGUGAACUUGAGCAUGCUUGAAAAGUUGAAACAGGUAUCUGGAAAAGGCGUCCAGUUGGGAUAUUAUUCUGUAUACAGAAAAGUUAUGAUGAGCACUUUUAUACAUGUAUCAUCCUUCUAUGGGAUGGAAAAUUAUCGUAUUAAUCGCCUACCAUUAUUUUUAUCUAGAUUUGAGAGAAAAGUGGGAUUUUUCUGUUUUCUCUGAAAGUUUUGCCUGGUGAUUUAUAAAAUUGUUUGUUUGAACAUCAAUUCUCAGAAGGGAAAGCAUUUUUUGUACUGUUGUGAUUCCGUUUAUGACAGUAACGUUGCGUUCGGUCUUGCCUCGUUUUCUUGUUCGACGAGUCCGUUUAAUUCGAAUGGAUUUACAGAAUUUCCGUCGAUUUGUGGGAAAAUGUUUCCUGCGAUCAAUACACGCGUGAUUGUGUGACAGAAUAGUGUGAGAAAAAUUUUGUUUCGUUCUCGUAUCGACUUCGUAUGUUUUGUUUAUUGUGUUAUCUUGGAUGAUUUGGAAGAUGAUUCUGGAGUUUUUUUUACUCAAUUAUCGCGUGAUGAGAAUUGUUUCGGCGAAAUAUUCAAAUCAAAAGGUUUUCUUUGAGGAAUGGUUGCUUUUCCCUAUUUCUUUGUUUGCCCC